CUUCCCCGUUGAAAAUUAUUAUGCACUUAUGUAUUUAUUUCCGUGUUCUCUGAAGAUAUUUUAGCGUUAAUAUAAUUGGGUUUAAAUGGUGCAAGUGAAUUGAUGUCCAACUGCAAUAAUCACCCGGCGUCACAUUUAAAUGAAUAUGACGAACGGCACAUAUCCAUUUAAUUUGGGCUUGGAGCCAGCCUAAACCAAACGCAACAAGGGGGCAGGAUCAUACCAACUUGGAGACACAUUUGGAAUAUGGGGAGCCCAGUAGGUCAGGGCUAAAAUUAGUCCCCCGGACAGCGGCCGAUGUGUGAUGUUUUAGCAGAGGAUACACGAUCACAAGGGCUGGCAGGACAUGUUUCCCAUGCGUGACAUUUAACGCCACACGUUAACCGAGGAGACCGUACGUAAUGCACGGGUAGCGGUGCCUCCGCUUGUCAUUUUCUUCUUCAUUUGGAGUCAUUGCACCACGCAGCAGAAAUGUCCUUUUUAACCAUACCAAACCAAGAGGGUCUUUUUAUUCCCAUCAGACGUGGCAGGUCAGCAGAGGAUGACGGUGACAACGACGAUGAUGAAGAAGAUGAGGAGGAGGAAGAAGAGGAGGAGGAAGAUGUCCGCCUGAUCCCAAGAUGCUCCCCGGUCCCCAGGAAGCGAGGCGCGUCCAUCCACGACGAGACUGCCGAGUACCUGCGCAUCCAGGCGGGUCUCUCCCCUGGGAAAAGAGUCUCAUUCGCCGAUACAACAGGUGGAGAUCUGGUUGACGUCAGGGAGUUUUUCAACUUCGACUCGGACGACGAAGAAGACUCUGCAAAGUGGGAGGAAGAACGGGCAAAGUAUGGAAAGUAUGAACGAGAACCCGUGUUCCAUGUGCAUCCGGACUUUGAGCCCCCCAGUGGAGAAGCGUUGCUGCAGGAUGUGCGUGCACAUAAAGUAGCUAUAGAGCUUAUAAGUCCUGUGGAGGAUGAGCCUCUUGCCUUCUGUGGCCUUGUCCGAGUCCUCAACAUCUCCUUCCACAAGGCAGUCUACAUCAGGUCCACUAUGGACAACUGGGCCACGUAUUUUGAUCACCCUGCAGAGUAUGUCCAUGGCUCCCAUGAUGGGGACACUGAUAAAUUCUCCUUCAAGCUGUCAUUUGCACCCCCUUUUAUCACUCACGGGUCUCGUAUUGAGUUUGUUGUUCGCUAUGAAACCACCGAGGGCGAUUUCUGGGCCAAUAACGCCCAUAUGAACUAUAUGGUGACACUGAUUCUGGCCUAUGAUGAUGAUGAUGACGACACAGAGGUGAUCAACAGUGAGGUGCAAGAAAUCAGAGGAAUCCUGAGACCCCCCAGAGAAUACAGUAUUCGCGAUUAUUUUGACUCGUCACACAAUUGGAAAAGUGAAGCAGAUGGAACAGAGACCCCUGAAGACCCCAGCCCAGUCAUCAUGGCGCCUGAGGUCGCUGUCGAGGAAAGGAGGGUGUUGGAAGAACUGGAUAGGAAGCAGCAGCUGCUGUAAUUAUUGCACAAAAACCUGAAGUAUUAGAAAGACUGCCAUUCUGUGCUUCCUAUGCGCUGGUAUAGAUUUUAAAGUAUUGCGCCAUAAUUCAUUCUACUUGAUGCAAUUUUCAUAAAUGUUUUCACUGCUUGAUGCCAACUAGUUGCUUAAGACAAGAUUAUACAGGGGCAGGUAGAUGUAGCAAAUGUGUAAUUUAACACUUGUGUUUGUCCUUCAUGUUGUCACUAUCUAGUACCAACUAUGGCACCUGCUGACUUACGAAUAAAAACUGGGUUGCCAUCUAGCGGUCAUCGAAUGACAUAACAUUUGUAGAAAUAAGGUUCACUUGUGCCAAAGUAAAAAUAAAAAUGCCUCAUUACAAAACCAUUCCGUGCAAACAGUUUAUUUAAAAAAAGAAAAGGCACAACAUUAUGACAUUUAAAAACUGAAAAGCUAAAGCUGCUUUUAACAAUUAAAACCAAACAUGAUUUAAAAAAAAACAGCAAUGACCCGAAUGGCAACCAUCAUGUGUAAAGUGGAUUUUUGUCCAAAGGAUUGUAUCUACCAUGGGAGUGACGUGGGUAAACGGAACUUUGAAGCAACACUGUUGGUCAUUUUGGCUUCUGAUCUAGAUAGAGAAGGAAGUUUUAAACACAAUGACAUGACGAAAGAGACUUGUGACAAUUCAGGAAUAAGAGGAACGGCUGUCUCUCACACCAUUCCCGAAAGUAAAAAGCAUAAUACUAGGAGCUAAAAUUUGCCCGAUUGCUGUCAGCCGACAAAUAUAACUAAUACUCGAAGCAUGUAAUACUCGUACUUACCCCUGAGUAUCGUCACCCCAAAUAAAAGGAACUGCUGCAUCAUCAAUCUCUGCAAAACAAGUAGCAAAGUUUACCUGGUCAAUGAACAAUCCAAAAAAAUAUGUUUUACGUGCUAUAUUUUGUCUACAAUUUAGAGUUUGUGGAUGGAGGCGCCCUUUUGAAAACAUAAAACUCACCCUUUUCCCAGUCUUCAGUCAUGUCUGUGGCGAUUUGUGACGUGACUGGAACCUCCCAUUUUCUCGAUUUUUCAACACCGCCUAUUGGCAGAACCGCAGACAAUUCAGAAGCACAUGAAGACGAGUGGAGGAGUCAUCUCACCAUUCUCUGUGCCCAUUGAAAUUUUGUCAGGACAUGUGUCAGUAUGGCUGGCCACCUGAUCCCUUGGAACCAGGUGGCAAGCAUUGAAGGGGCAGGUUCUGAGCUGCUUGGCCAGUUCUGGAUGGUUCUGCAUCAGUAAAACAAGAGUCGUAAACAUACAGUUAGCUGUGCAUAGACUACCAAGUAUAAUUCACAAAAAGCGGGUAGAUGCAGACCUCAACUGACAGGAAAUUAUGUACCAAACUGAAAUAUGAUUUUUUUUUUGGUGCAUGUAUGACAUGCAGAGACUAAACACAAAACUAAAACUGGAUGCAAAAUGCAACAAAAAGCAGCAGAGCAGCACUGCUGUAAAUUGGUUCCAGAC